AUGCUCCGCAAGCGAUGGAAAGGCGCUGGAACCAGUGUUUGCGGCAUCUGGAGCGUCGAUUCAAAGAGCUCACCACGAGAGUCGCGGCGGAUGGAGGGCAGAGAAGGCGGGGGCAGCUACGUCGAAGAGGUCCAAGAAGGUACCGACCCAGGCAGAGAACGUGACGGUAGUAUCGACGAUAUGAGUGAUGGCGACCACGUGAUCAAAACCAUUAAGCUCGAUUUGAGCUCGCCGCAAUUGACCGCGCAAGAGCAGAACGAGCCAGAGCGAGACUUCGUGCAGACCCUACAGCCCUAUGAGUGA